UCUAGCACAACAGCGCCACUUUUGAGCGGUCGUAAAGAUAACAAUAACACACCGGCGAAGUUGUUAGACAGUCGACAACGAACUCUAAAACAACACUGUAACGACGAUAGAGCCGUCGGUACAUGUAUAAGGUCAAAGAUGGUUCAAGACAGUGCUCAAAUUCGUCGGCAGGGUCCCCAGGACUUUAUGGCAUACUAUGAAUUUGCCUGUGCCAGACAGGAAUCUGUCCCACUUCCAGCAGUAAAGAUAAACCUUGAGAAAGGGGUUCUGGACUUUAAUGGAGACAGGGUCAAACUCACAGACUGGCCACCCAUUCUCAACUCUAUCUGCAUCAACAAGCACCUGCACCACAUUGCAAUAAGUAGCACAUACCAAGCAAGUCUGGGUUCUGGGGAAGCAGAUAGAAGCUAUUUAAAGUCUAACUUCAAGAAGAAGAUCCCAGCCAUUCGCUCUAAGGACAUGACAUUUAAGUUGUGCAAGGCCCUGAGAGAUUGUCUGGGUAUCUCUCCUAACCUCAAGACUCUGCAUCUUAAUGGACUUCCACUGAGAGAGAGGGACCUCAUCACCUUAACAAAGGGUUUGGCAAAAAGUGUUUCCCUGGAAAUCUUGUCCUUGGCUAACUGUCCAAUCACUGAUGAAGGCUUAGAAGUCAUUUGCCAAAGCGUUAAGUAUUCCACAAGCAUCAGGACGGUAGAUUUCACAGGAUGCAAUCUCACCUGGAGAGGGGCAGAGCAUAUGGCAAACAUCAUCAAGGGAAUGCAGAGGCAUGGUACUGCAUGGGCAGAGUCUCUGAGGUACAGACAGCCACAGUUUGAGGGAAUGAGAGGUCUCCGGCGAGUCACCUUAAACUGUAACACUUUGAUUGGGGACCGAGGCGCUGCUGCUCUGGCAAAAGAACUAGCCGAGGACCUCUGGGUAAAAGCUGUGGACCUACAGAGGUGUGGUCUGUCCAAUGAGGGAGCUCGUCGUUUGCUGGAAUCCUUGAAAACAAAUUCUUCUCUUUGUGUUGUGGAUAUUCGAAGUAACCCUUUAGUGGACAAAGUCCUCAUUAAAACUGUAAUCGAGAAAGUGCUGAUGAAUGCUGAUGGACAGUCACAAGAGUACUGCUGGAUCAAGCCUGCAACCACAGAGCCACAGAGAGUGUCUUGUCCAAGGAGGCGUUCACUGCCAAUUACGGUCAGAAGAAAAGCUACAGUACGGAUUGCCCCUCGUAAAGGAACGUCUGCUGGAGGACGCAGUUCAGGCGUUACUCAGACACGCUCUCGCUAUGUGCCAUGGCGUGCUGCUGCACGAGCUGAGCGCCAGAGAGGUAUGCCUCCUGGAGUUAGUGUGAUGGAUCAAAGCUUUCAGGGUGCAGCUACAGUGAAGGUUACUAUGGAGUCAAAUUCAGAGGAAGAAGACGAAGAAGAAGAAGAAGUGGUCGAGCAGAAAACAUCUUCUCCUGGUCUCCGAGACAGACUUACUGGGCGGGAGUUUACACGUGUGCAGAUGGAGCUAAAAGAGUGUCGUCUGAGGCUGGCAGAGGAGCGCAGGGCCAGGCUAAAAGCUGAGUCAAGGCUCAUGGAGUUUGAGUUGGAGAAUGCCCGUCUUCGUGACAACAACCAGUCCCUGUCAGAGGCACUUGGAGCCACCGGCUCUGCAUUAGUACCAUCUGCUUUCGGUGCUCUCGAGGAUGAGGCCAUUCUUGAGAGCAUUGAGACCUCAUUUACUAAGUUCCAUGCUUUCCUGGAUCUCCUCAAGGAUGCUGGCCUUGGUCAGCUUGCUUCAGUGGCUGGAAUUGACAAAUCCGAUUUCCAUCCUCCGGGCAGACCUCAACUCUCUUCUACAUUAGGACCUCAUUUAGGUGUUGCAGAAUCUCUUGGUAGAGAGGAGUAUCUGGAGGUCCGAGCAAAGACUGAUGCUUUGACUUUGGAAGGCUGCGUCCUGCCUGCUCAGAGUGGUAAACCGGCUGACACCACCACUCCCAGAUCUCCAGCCUCAGUCAGGGAGUUCUUGUGUGAAGACAGGCUGCUAGAUGUAACCUUCAAUCAGGCUUGUGGACCGGCAGGUGACACUGGUGUUGGUAAAGAGGAGGAACCGGAUAAAUGUUUAAAGCCCGCUACCCAGCAUGACUCAGGCUCUGAGCAUAGUUUCCGAAGCCAGAAAUCCUUUGACAAGGUUUCGAUUGGUAAAACUUUCCAGACUCAAACAGACCAACCCAGGAGCAUCAGCAACUCUCACAAAAGCAACAGCUCCAAUGGAUACAGCUUCCACAAGAGCUAUGCUAACAGUCAUGCUUCUCAUAGCAAUGGGUCUCAUGGCAGAUUGUCUGGAAGAUCGAGUGUUAGUGACAUUAUAAGUGACAAGGCAGAGUCUGUGGGAUCAGUGGGGUCAAGGAACAGGGGACAGGGGAGGCUAGUGACGGUAGGUCAGUCAGAGUCAGAGGGGUCCCAUCGGAGAGCUUACCCAGGGAUGGAGACUCUGGAGCAGAUCAGAUCUCUGAUCAGUCUGGGAGGGCAGUCGGACAAUGAUUCCUUCUGACCAGAGACAUUUUUAAUACCCUUUUCAGUGCCAUCUCCUGGAAGUGCUUUCUGUUCCUGUGAAUUGUUGGCCAUUUAAAGAAUGUCAAUGAUUUAUGUUCUAUAGAGGUUUAUAUUGAAAAGCAUGAGAACUCAGUUAAACAUCUUGUUGCUUUAUAGUCAAACAGGUGAAGUUGAAGGUGCUGUACAAUUUUAGUUACUGAUUUAACCUUUUUUGCGAAGCAUUUAUUUAUUUGAGUGCGAGGUCAGUCGUGUUUCUAAUCUUAACCCACCUAUAUGAAAACACAUCGCAACUCAGAGAAAGAUCAAAUCCCAAAGCCAUUCCAAGGGGGCGUUUUUUAAACUACUUGUUACUACUUUUUAAAGCACUUUUCUACUCAAUUAUUUGACUUUAAAUCACUUUGAUCAAUAUUUGAUUUAUCUUUAAAAAAAAAAUUGAUGAUUCUGAAAUGCAUAUUUUAUUGUUCUUAUUAGGAAAUUCUGAUUUGCUCUAAACUGAAUGUUUUUUUGUUGUUUUUUUUCUAGAUAUGCUAGCAGUAUAAGUGUUUUUGAGCAUCUAAGCUUCAUUGUUUAAAAAUCUGUCAACUGCUACUUCACCUGUUUAUGCAAAUUUCACAUGCAAGAGAAAAUACUGAUGUAAAUAUUCACUAAUAAAAUCAAAGUGUUACAACACAGACACAAUUGAAGGCUGCCCACUGACAUAUUUAUAUAUGUUGUAGUUGUAUUGACUGUCAGUGCUCUAUGUGCUGUGAGAACUUAUUAUAAGUCAUGUAGACUACUGGGCAAGGCAUCACCCCGGCCCUUUAUGGAGCAUGUGAGUUCCCUCAGAAGGACCAGAAUCUGUUUACUACGGUUAGGUGUUUACUGCUGUAUCCUGAGAAAUGCAGAAAUGUGACCAAAGCACGACUUUGUGGGUGAGGGAAGAACAUAGUGUUCUAUUGGUGUGUGUUUUCCAUUAAAAGUGAGCACAAAACACCAGUUAAAGCCAAAAGUUCAGCUCUCUACAAAGAUGAAUGGAAUGCAUAAAAUGAUAUUCCUCUGUGGUAUUUUAACUUCAGAGAGCGGAUUGGGUCAUAUACAUUUUUUUUUCUUUUAUAAAU